CCUCUGCUCUUUAGUACAAAUGAAUGGUUUAUUAAUAUGGACCGUGGUUUGUUUAAUAUAGCUGUUUUUCUGGACUUACAAAAGGCGUUCGACACCAUAAAUCAUGACAUCCUCUUAACGAAACUUGAUCUUUAUGGCCUACAGAAGCCAUCAUUAAACCUUUUAGGAUCCUAUUUAGCGAAUAGAACCCAAAUGUGCUCCGUUAAUGGCGCUCUGUCGGGCACGAAGUUGGUUACAUGUGGAAUCCCUCAAGGUUCAAUUCUUGGCCCACUCUUAUUCUUGAUCUACAUUAAUGAUCUGCCUAACAGUUUGGAGUACUCGUCGACAAGAAUGUUUGCCGACGAUACGACUCUAACUGUAUCUGGCAAGUCAAUCCAAGAUGUAGAGGUGGCCAUAAAUCAUGACCUUACCAACGUUAAACAAUGGCUUUCUGUAAAUAGAUUAUCUCUUAAUCUAGUCAAAACUGAGUAUCUACUAAUAGGAUCUCGGUACAACAUAAAUAAUUUACUUGCUGCUCCAAAUGUAUUUGUUGGUGAUACACCAAUUAAAAAG